CAGAGAACUAGGUAUAAAAGAGGGCUCUGCAAGGGAGACGCUCUGAAGAACUUAUGGCAGGAAUGGAGAGGCUACAUCGUAUGUUUGCUGGCGCCGGCGGAGCCCUCGGCCACCCUCCGCCUGACUCUCCUACCCUGGACACUUCCGAACAAGUCUACAUCUCAUCACUUGCGCUUCUCAAAAUGCUCAAACACGGUAGGGCGGGUGUUCCGAUGGAAGUGAUGGGGCUGAUGCUGGGGGAGUUUGUGGAUGAGUACACCGUGCGUGUAGUGGAUGUCUUUGCGAUGCCGCAGAGUGGAACUGGGGUCAGCGUUGAAGCUGUGGAUCAUGUUUUCCAGACAAAUAUGCUUGACAUGCUCAAGCAAACUGGCAGACCUGAGAUGGUGGUCGGAUGGUAUCAUUCACAUCCUGGUUUUGGAUGCUGGCUUUCUGGUGUUGACAUAAAUACUCAACAGAGUUUUGAAGCUUUGAACCAGCGGGCAGUAGCAGUGGUGGUGGAUCCGAUUCAGAGUGUUAAAGGAAAGGUGGUAAUAGAUGCCUUCCGGCUGAUUAACCCCCAAACUAUGAUGCUUGGUCAAGAGCCGCGGCAAACAACAUCCAACUUAGGGCAUCUUAAUAAGCCAUCUAUCCAGGCUCUGAUUCAUGGGUUGAAUAGGCACUAUUACUCCAUUGCCAUAAAUUACAGAAAGAAUGAACUUGAGGAGAAGAUGUUGCUGAAUCUCCACAAGAAAAAAUGGACAGAUGGAUUAACUCUCCAGCGAUUUGAUACCCACUCGAAAACAAAUGAGCAGACAGUCCAGGAGAUGUUAAAUCUAGCUAUCAAAUACAACAAAGCUGUACAGGAAGAGGAUGAGUUGACUCCGGAAAAGCUUGCAAUUGCAAAUGUGGGAAAGCAAGACGCCAAGAAGCAUCUAGAGGAACACGUCUCAAACCUCAUGUCUUCGAACAUUAUCCAAACUUUGGGGACUAUGCUCGACACAGUUGUCUUCUAGUAGUUCUAAUUGCACUUGGAAAGCCAAUCGUGUGUGAGCUAGGUUCUCACUUCGAACAGAGUCCCGUAAAUGGACAAUGCAGCUAUCAUAUCUUACAGUUCCUAGUUCUAUCUUGCUGUGUACUGUUGAGUUUGUAUCGGGAUGGAGCCACUUUACUGGCACUUAACAUUCGCAUUCAAACGCCUACGUUAUUCUUCAUUUUGCUA